AUGUGGCCCGGCCGACUGGCCUGGCUGGCGCUGAAUGCUUCCGACCAGUGGACGAGCCUGUUCAACGGGAGCUACUUCCGGAGGCUCGACUGCGAGGAUGAUCGGCGUUGGUCAUCCUUCCGUCGUCAGUUGGAGACGCUCCUGGCGAAGGGACGCUUGGUCGGUGAGGAUGUGGCCUUGCAAGCAACUGCUGAAGAGCUCUUGACCCCUUGGGACGAGAAGCCCAGAGACGUCUUCCAAGCCGCCACCGAAGCCUUCCGCGCUCGGCUGCUGGCUGCGACUGCCCCGUCCGCACCACGAACGACGAGCAGAAUGGGCCUGUGCUUUCCAGGUUACCAAGCCGCCUGCUGGGUUCGCAUCCUUGGUCUCCACACCACGCUGGCGCAGGGCGCGCGGGAGGAUGCGCAGGAGCUGGAGAUCAUGAUAGAGACCAAUGCGCAACACUGCUCCAGCAUCUUUGGAAAGGAGGCCUCGCUGGAGUACUUGAGCUCGACGAGUUGGCCCGUGAGGCUGUUGGAUUUGGAGCUCUUCAUGCGAAGCUGCCCUGAUGCCGCGUUUGGCAUGCGACGGAUGCGGACGCUGCCGGUUGAGAUCCAAACCUUUGAGCACUUCCGCCAGCUCCUUCGUCGCCCAGCCGUGGAGUCCAGUGCUCCGCGGAGGUUCACACCGAGCUCCGGAGAUGGAGGCCUCGCUCCGUGGUCCCCGACGCUGCGGGUGACCUCCGUCUUCGGUGGUCAUUGCUCUUUGUGGCUGGAGACAUUGUACACCCUUUGGAGCCUCUUCGCAGACUUGAUCGAUCCGUUCCUGGUCACCUACAACCACGAGGAUGGUUGCCUCGAGCGCUUCGGCUUGCGCGACGUCCUCCCACAUGCGCCUGUCCUGGGUGACGAAGAGCAAGGCUCCCGAGGAUCUGUCGACCAAAUGUUGCGCUCCUCUGAUCUUCUGGUUUGCAUGUGGGUCUCGGAAUGUUCACGACUUCGAGCUCACUAUUCCAAGCCAGUGAUUUUCUACAGCGGCUUCUUGCUGCUGAAUGAUCAGUCAUUUCAUCCAGGUCACGCUUGGUCCGAAGCGUUGUUCCACUUUUGGCAACGCCUUUCCGACCUCUUCGCCUGUGACGUACUGGCCGCGAAGGACGGCACCCCAGUGGUGGGCCCGCCGUGCUUGGUGCUCUUUGAGGAGCGGCCCUUGGCAGAGGUCGCCUACUGGCAGACCGGGCAGCGAAAGCCAGUGGUUCGGCCAUUGUCCCUCUACGUGCGGUGCCUCCAUGACCCCGAGAAUGCCAAGCAGGAGGUUCUCAUCAUCCACCGUGGCCGCCUGACCUCCGACGGAACGGAAGCCAAGGCACUGAAUGCCAUGAAGCAUGCGUUCUACCCAUACAGCUUCGUGGAUCAAGAAGAUGGGAUGCCCUUUGCUUCCAUGGCGGAAUUCCGAUCUGUGGUGCUCCUACCAUGGGACUUGAAUCUGGUGAUGUUUCAUGAUCUCUACGCCAUGGCCGUGCCACUCUUUCUGCCCGACCGCAAUGGCUUACAUCACACGGCCUUCACGUUCCUCUCCAGAUUCCAGAAGUCCUUAACGACCGGCAUGCCCUUCAAAGAGAGGCUUCCAGAGAUGGAGGAGAAGGAGACCCAUCCCUUCUCCCCCUUUGACUUUGAGUACUUGGAAGUGCGUGAGUUUUGGCUGGACUACACCGAGUAUGUGACGGCUCCUGCCAUCCUGCACUUCGCCAGCCUACCAGACCUUUUAGUCCAGGUCUACCAGCUGGAUGCCAUCAAAACUCAUGGUCGGAUACGUGCCCACAAUGCCAGACGCCUCCGUGAAAGUCGAAACUUUUGGUCCAACGCCCUGCAGCGCCUCGCGACGCCCUGGGCGCCCUGGGGGGGCGAGCACUGGGACGCCUCCUGCGGGGCGGAGCAUCCGUUGAAGCCGCAGGGCAGCGUGCUGUGGUCGCCAUUGGACGGUGCUCCGUGGAUCCACGCUGCGCCCAGCAGGGCCGAGCCGCUGCUGAUCAUGGACGGUGCGGACGGUGCGCUGAGUGCGGCGGUGAGGGAGGCAGUGGAAGAGUUUCAGAGGAGAGCCAAGCCGUCACACUCGGAAGUCUUUGCAGGUGCGCUGGACUGGAAGGCCAUCCAUCAACGCCUGAAGGGCUGCGCAGGUGGUCGAAGAGUCGAGAAGCUCCGGUGUUUGCUGGUGAUGGAGCGAGUGAGGCCGUUCCUGCCGCUGCUCCGCCUUACGGAUCUGGUCCGUAAAGGGCGCCGACAGCUCUCACGUCUACUGGACCCUGAGGGGAGUGUGGCCUUGGCAAUUUGGCGCAUGAGGAAGUGUGUGGUUCUUCUGCCUGAACCAGGCUUUCAGGAAGUGAUUGCUUAUCACUUCCCAUACCUCAAGCUCAACAACCAGGAGCUUCUUUGGCCGAACAGAACAACGAGCUCCUCCAGCACGGGCUUUGGGCACCGCCAAAUUCGGGCGCCACAUUUCCUGGUGUCGCGGCUGUCCUCCCAGCUCCGGCGCGAGCGGCUCCUCCACCGCGCCGGGCGGCGGCAGUUCGUGCGGCAGCUGCAGCGGCUGCGGGCCGAGACGCGGUGA